AUUUCGUUAAAUUUAACAGUGUCCUCCAAGAACUCCAGAUGUUUUCCAUGUGAGCACAGACAGUGUCAGCGGCAGAGCUGAAAGGAUCAGAGGUCCUGCUGGGAGAGAGCCCUUGGGAUGUGCUUACCCUGGUGUCACAUUUACCAUAUGACCCUUUCUGCUCUUGAAUUGCAAGAUUAAAAAAGCAAUGUUAUUCUGAGGUUAUUCCAAAAAUACCCCUCAACAUGCCUGAAAACCCUGCGGCAGAUAAGCAGCAGGUGCUGCAGAUUCUGGAUCGUCUGCAAGCAAAACUGCAUGAGAAAAGGGAUUCCCAACACCAGGAAAACCUGGCUGUUUUACGGAACACCCUCAGGAGCCCCUUGUUUAACCAGAUACUGACUCUCCAGCAAUCCAUCAAGCAACUGAAGGAACAACUCAAUUACAUGCCUCCUGACCGCUCGGUAGAUUUUGAUUUUACUAAGAGAGGGCUGCUCGUGUUUGCUGACAAAUCAGUCGCUGCUGGGACACCUUGCAGUUCACCUGGACCCAAAACACCUCCCUUCACUCCAAACCUGGGAGUUAAUGAAUUUAACAUGAUCAUCCAACAAAUGGCAAAGGGAAGACAAAUAGAAUCAAUAAAGAUUGAUAAACCUUCUGUUGGAGGUCUUGGAUUUAGUGUGGUUGCUCUUAAAAAUCCCAGCGUGGGAGAAGUUGGUAUCUUUGUCAAGGAAGUCCAGCCAGGAAGCAUAGCUGACAGGGAUCAAAGACUGAAGGAAAAUGACCACAUACUGGCCAUUAAUUGCACCCCAUUGGAUCAGAACAUUUCCCAUCAGCACGCCAUUGCCCUCCUCCAGCAAUCCACAGGAUCCCUGCAUCUGGUCGUGGCCAGGGAGCCAGUUCAAGGGAACAGCAGAACUUCAGCUGUCUUAUUAAGUGAUGUAAAUCCACCUGAGACUAUUCACUGGGGCCACAUUGAAGACGUUGAGCUGAUUAACGAUGGUUCGGGAUUAGGCUUUGGAAUUGUAGGAGGAAAGUCAAGUGGAGUAGUUGUAAGAACGAUUGUUCCUGGGGGAUUAGCAGAUCGGGAUGGGAGGCUCCGAACAGGAGAUCACAUCUUACAGAUUGGAGGGACCAAUGUGCAAGGAAUGACAAGUGAGCAAGUUGCCCAAGUGCUGAGAAACUGUGGGAAUUCUGUUAGGAUGAUUGUUGCAAGGGACCCCAAGUGUGAAGUCAUGGAGGCUCCACCAACUCCUGUGAGCUGGCCAGUCAGCACAUUACCUUCCCUUCAAAAUGGAAAUGAUAUCAACCUUUUUGAUACCUAUGACGUUGAACUGGUAAAAAAGAAUGGGCAAAGCCUGGGAAUAACAAUUGUUGGAUAUGCUGGCACAUGUGAUGUAGCAGAACCUUCAGGGAUUUUUGUGAAAAAUAUAAUACCUGGGAGUGCUGCUGACCACAAUGGCCAAAUUCAUGUCCAUGACAAAAUUGUUGCUGUUGAUGGGGUUAAUAUACAAGAUUAUAGCAACCAGGAAGUGGUAGAGGUAUUGAGGAACACAGGACAGACUGUACGUCUCACUUUACUUAGAAGGAAACCUCCCUCUACUAUUUCUUCAGAAAGACCUUCAGAUAGAGUGCAGCCAACUGUUCCAGUCUUUGUGUCCCCUGCAGCUGUAGAGACUGAAGUUAGUGUGGACACUAAGAAUGAGGGAAAACAAGAACAGAAGGAUAAUCUUCAAAGUGAAAAGCAGCAGAGUCUACAUAAAGCAGGAAGAGUCCCACUUCCUCCAGCACAUGAACUAAAAUCCAAGUGGGAAAACCUGUUGGGACCAGAAUACGAAGUUAUGGUUGUGAAUGUGGAUAUGCCCAUUACAGAUGAUUCAGAGCUCCAGAAGUACUCAAAGCUAUUACCCAUCCACACUUGGAGAUUAGGUGUUGAGCUUGACACGUUUGAUGGACAUCAUUAUAUAUCAUCAAUUACUUCAGAUGGUUCACCUGCAGCACUUGGUCUUCUGCAACUGGAGGAUGAACUUCUGGAGGUAAAUGGAGUCCAGCUGUAUGGAAAAUCCCGGCGGGAGGCAGUCACUUUCCUCAAGGAAGUGCCACCCCCAUUUACACUGGUUUGCUGUCGGCGACUCUUUGAUGAUGGCAGUGAGUCACUUGUAGAUGAGCCCACCGUGGGAGUUUCCCUUCCAGAACAAAAGGUGAAACCUGAGGAAGACUCUAACCCUGAGGAGGAAGAAGGAGAAUUAGCAUUAUGGUCUCCUGAUGUGAAGGUUAUUGAACUGGAGAAAGACAAAAAUGGUUUAGGAUUCAGCAUUUUAGACUAUCAGGAUCCCUUGGAUCCAACAAGAACAGCCAUUGUGAUCAGCUCCUUGGUGGCAGGUGGAGUAGCUGAGCGUGGUGGGGAGCUGUUACCGGGGGACCGCUUGGUCUUCGUCAAUAAGAAACAUUUGGACAGCGCCACUUUGGCAGAGGCAGUGGAAGUGUUGAAAUCUGUGCCCCCAGGUACAGUUUCUCUUGGAAUCUGCAAGCCUUUGGUGGGAGAAAGCAGAGAGGAGGAGAACAUGCACAGUGUGGAUACCAGCAGCAUUAAAACCAGCCCUGGGUCUCCAGAACCAAUAGAUAACAUUAAUUUCUCAAUAAUACUUGAAGCACCACAGGGUUUCAGAGAUGAAACACCUUUUAAAGAAGAACUUGUUGAUGAACCACAUUUGGACUUGGGAAGGUCAUUUCAGCUUUCUCAAAAUGACGAUGAGGAUGAGAGGGAGUCCUGGGAGAUGUGUGAAUUCCUGAAACCCAGAACAGAAGACAUGGAUGAAGAACGGGAAAUGCUGGUGGAUGAAGAGUAUGAAGAAGACUCAGACUUCCUGAAAUAUAAAGCAUCCUGUGGACAGAAGGCAACUUCAGACAGGAACCUCGAUACAGAACAAUGGGCAAAGCAACUGGAGAGUACUGAAAUAAAAGACUUGAGAUCCAGUAUUAAUUUAAGUCCAGAACAGUCCCUGGAAUAUCCAUUCAGUAAAGAUCAAACGUGUGAAGAAAAUGCUACUAUAAGGUCACUCUUUCCUGGAACCACAGCACACAGUGGCUACCAAAAGGACAUAUUUGAUAUUAAAACUACUCAGUCAGAAGAAAAAAGCAAGAUGGAUUUAGGAACAAAGCUUCGGAUUGACUCUAAAGGGCCUGGGCUUGCUGUUGAUUUGGAAGCUAUUGAAAAGGAAGAGCUAAAAGGAGAGAAUGAUGUUUUCUCUAAGAACCUGGAAUCUGGGAGAGUAACCACCUUAGCUCAGCCUAAAACAGCAUCAUGCAGUGAAUUACCCGAGAGAGAAGAAGGAGAAGGAGAAGAAACGCCAAACUUCAGCCACUGGGGACCACCACGAACUGUUGAGAUCUUCAGAGACCCUCACGUGUCUCUUGGAAUCAGUAUUGUUGGUGGACAAACUGUCAUAAAGCGCCUGAAGAAUGGAGAAGAACUUAAAGGGAUCUUUAUCAAACAAGUUUUGGAAGACAGCCCAGCAGGAAGAACCAGGGCUUUAAAAACUGGAGAUAAAAUACUUGAGGUUUCUGGGAUAGAUCUCCAAAAUGCCACCCACGAGGAAGCAGUAGAAGCCAUCAAGAACGCGGGAAAUCCUGUUGUGUUUGUAGUUCAGGGUCUGGCUAACGUACCAAAAGUGGUUGCUCCCGCCCAGCCUAAGGGAAUCAAAGUCAGCAAAGAUCAGGAUGCAGACAAAGAAAAUAAGAGCGAUAAGAGAAAAUAUGGGGCUCCACCUCCCAUGAAACUGCCACCUCCUUAUAGAGCCCUUGAAAGGCUGCACGCAGAGGAAGCUGUCGUGGAUGAAGAGGAGGAUGAGGAUGCUUGUGCAGAGAAAAAAAUCAGGCAAAGAUAUGCAGAUCUCCCAGGAGAGUUGCACAUUAUUGAGCUUGAGAAAGACAAAAAUGGGCUGGGACUCAGCCUCGCUGGCAACAAGGACCGCUCCCGGAUGAGCAUCUUUGUAGUUGGGAUCAAUCCAGAUGGACCCGCGGGACGAGAUGGAAGGAUGCACAUUGGUGAUGAGCUCCUAGAAAUAAACAAUCAGAUAUUGUAUGGAAGAAGUCACCAGAAUGCUUCUGCAAUCAUUAAAACUGCCCCAUCAAAGGUCAAGCUGGUUUUCAUACGGAGUGAAGAUGCAGUCAAUCAGAUGGCUGUUACUCCCUUCCCAUUACCUUCAGGCUCCCAUUCUUCCAUUGAGGAUCAUGGUGGCACUGAACCUGCAAGUGGUGACGAAGACCCGAGUUUGGAAGUUGUCAUGAAAAGUUUGACUGAUGAGGAAUCCAACAAAGCUGAUGUGAAACAUAGAGCUGAGAAACCAGUGGUGGCAAAUGAGCAGGAAACAGAGGAGCAGCUCCCAGAAAAUGACCUCAACCAGAUCAAACAAUCUAAAUCUUCAACUAAAGUGCCAGUCAGCUUACAGGAGAUACCCCUGGAGCCAGCACCUACUUACCUUUCUCCAGAGGCAGAAGUCACCAGCCGUAGUGUCUUUCCACCUCCACUACCUGUGGAUCCAGCAACAUGUCCCAUAGUUCCAGGGCAAGAGAUGACUAUAGAGAUAUCUAAGGGUCGGUCAGGCCUGGGACUCAGCAUCGUUGGGGGGAAAGACACUCCACUGGAUGCCAUAGUGAUCCAUGAAGUUUAUGAAGAGGGGGCAGCAGCCCGAGAUGGCAGACUUUGGGCUGGUGAUCAGAUUCUGGAGGUGAACGGGAUCGAUCUGCGGAAUGCCAGCCAUGAGGAAGCGAUCACUGCGCUCCGACAGACACCCCAGAAGGUGCAGCUGGUUGUUUAUAGAAAUGAAGCACAUUACAAAGAUGAAGAAAACUUAGAGAUUUUCUAUGUAGAUAUACAAAAGAAAACGGGCCGAGGGCUGGGGCUCAGCAUAGCUGGGAAACGAAAUGGAAGUGGAGUGUUUAUCUCUGACAUUGUUAAAGGAGGAGCUGCAGACCUAGAUGGAAGAUUAAUUCAAGGAGAUCAGAUUUUGUCUGUAAAUGGGGAGGAUAUGAGAAAUGCCUCACAAGAGACUGUUGCCACUAUACUUAAGUGUGCCCAAGGCCUGGUGCAUCUUGAGCUUGGGAGAUUGCGAGCUGGAUCAUGGCUGUCAUCACGGAAAACAUCCCAAAACAGUCAGGCGAGCCAACAGAGUGUCCACAGCCACUUCCACCCUGCUCUUGCUCCAGUCCUCUCCACCUUACAGAAUUUCGUCAGCACAAAGAGAUCUUCAGCAGAUGUGUCUCAGAGAAACUCAGUAGGAGCCGAUAUGGGCCCAAGGACUGUGGAGAUAACAAGGGGUCCAAAUGAUGCACUCGGUAUCAGCAUAGCAGGAGGGAAGGGAAGUCCACUGGGAGAUAUUCCCAUUUUCAUCGCUAUGAUUCAAGCCAGCGGUGUGGCCGCACGGACCCAAAGACUCAGAGUUGGAGAUCGGAUUGUCAGUAUUAAUGGGCAACCUUUGGAUGGGCUGUCUCAUGCAGAUGCUGUUAAUCUACUAAAGAAUGCUUAUGGGAGCAUUAUCCUGCAGGUCGUGGCUGACACCAACAUCAGUGCCAUUGCCACCCAGCUGGAGAGCAUGUCUGCAGGGUGCACCCUGAACUCAUCCUCGGAGCAUCCUUCCGAAGAUCCUGAAGCACAUCAGCCUAAGAUUAUUACUUUGGAGAAAGGCUCUGAUGGACUGGGAUUUAGUAUUGUAGGGGGGUAUGGAAGUCCCCAUGGAGACCUGCCCAUUUAUGUCAAGACUAUAUUUGCCAAGGGAGCAGCUGCGGACGAUGGCAGAUUGAAACGCGGAGACCAGAUCGUGGCGGUGAACGGGGAGGCUCUGGAAGGCGUCACCCAUGAACAGGCUGUGGCCAUUCUGAAGCGCCAGAAAGGAACUGUGACAUUAACGGUGUUGUCAUGAGUGUCACUGCGCUCAUGGAGAUAAAUACAAUUAUUUUAGAGCAUCAGUAGAGCUAUAAUAACCCUGCUCAGCCCUGAUGUAAAGCAAACCCUGGCAAAAAUGAGUCAGUGUUCCCCCUGUUGCCAGGCAGGGUAGUGUGAAUCUCCAGCUUCAUUUAGCCUUGCACAUUUAUCAGCCUUUCUCCCCGCCCUCCCCGACUUCUGGUGGCUUUUGAGGUUUCUCUGGACAAGUUUAAUUAAGAAACUUCAAAGAACAAUAUCCGUUUUACUUUAUUUAAUGCAUCAGUUUAUCCCCACUAGUCUGAACCCUGGUUUGCAACUGCUGAACCUGGAAUCAGUUCACACACAAAAGAGAAUUUAGAUCAUCAACUGAUCUCAUCUGAUGAGCAGAAAUAAAUGCCGAGUGACUUGUCAUCUCACUCAUGAUUUACUUAUGCUAAUUGUU